UUUGGCUUCACUCUUUUGACAAAAUGACACAUAAAACGGGCAAGCGGUUUCAUCUGGAUUCUUCUUCUUCAUUUUGGAUUCUUGUAAUCUCUUCUAUAAAUUCAUCGCUAACUAUUCAUUAGGGUUUCAUUUCUCUCAAAACAAACCACAAUGACAAUAACACCGCCCAAGCCGGUAAACUUGUAUAUAGGGAGUUUUAUUAGUUUGAUAUCACAAUCAGAUAUUCGUUAUGAAGGCUUUGUGUUUCUUCUCAACCCUAGUGAUUCCACCAUUGGUCUUCGUAACGUGAAAUCUUUUGGGACAGAAGGACGGAGGAAAGAUGGACUUCAGCUUCUUGCGAGUGAUGAAAUCUAUGAGCACAUAUUCUUCAGAGGUUGCGACAUAAAGGAUCUGCAAGUUAUAUCUUCCCCAUUACCUCAAAGUACAUCAGCUGUUCCUGACGAUCCUGCGAUAAUACAGUCUCAUUUUCCUCAGCCCUCACCUACAACUAUGGCGUCGACAUCUCAUGGUGCUGCACAAAUAGCAAAUUUUAGUACCAGUGUGCAUCCCAUUCUCCCUGUUACACCAGUCCAGUUGAAUCUGCCCCGUGGCCCAUCAGCAUCAAGUUCUAGCUUUUGGGGCUCAUCGCUCCCUCCUCCACCUGUAAAUAUCAGUAGGCUUGUUGUACCUAAUUAUUGCCCAGGAUUAGUUGGAUCCUCAGGAGGAGUUUCUUAUUUUCAGCAUCGUUAUCCGCCGCCGCCACAGAGUUUGUUGGCAUCACUUCCGCCAGUUCAGCAGCAAGCGCAACACCAGAAUGUAAAUACAUCUGUAGCUGGAGGAUCCAGGUUUUCUGAACUCCGUCAUCCGUUGCUGCUGCGUGGUAGUACUGGUUCCCCAAAUACACUGCCUCCUUUGCUACCCACACCAUUUGUUCAAUCCAAUCCGGGGCGGUUUGCUGAUCUUGUGUCUAAUUUAUUAUCUAUUCCAAGGCCAAAUGAAGGAUCUAGUGCUCUUUCAAGUGUAGCAGUGGAUCCUGGCCCAAAAAUGGCAUCUUCUUUGCAAGAAGUACUUAUUGUUAAUGCUACUCCGGCUUCAGUUAUUAAUGAAUCAAGUUCAAUUGAUCCGACAAUCUCUCAAACUCUAUCUUCCAUGACAAUUGAGGAGCAGUCAGGAUUGAAGCAGUCCUCUUCAUCUCAGUCACUGCAGACCACAGAUAUUGAUGCAAAGACUGCUCUAGCACCAGUAUUGGAACCUGUGCUAUCAUCAAAUAGCACUGGAGAAACCCUGGAGUCAUCGCUGAAAUCCACAGCUAAAACUUUGCUGGGAUCUACAUCAUCUCAUCAUUGUAAAGGUCAUUUUGCUCGAGGAGGAGAUCAGGCGCAUCGAAACCCUGCAUUCACUAAUCAUAGUUAUAGAGGCCGUGCACAAGGGCGGGCAAAUGUGUUCCAACCAGAUGGUGUUCCUUUACGCAAUCCUGGCUAUGCGGGAAGUCGCUUUUGGGGACGUGGACCUAAGAAUUCCUCUCGUGUCAUUAGAAGAUUUAAGGAGGAUUUUGAUUUUGAGGCAAUGAAUGAAAAGUCCAAUAAGGAAGAGGUAUGGGACUAUCUCGGCAAAAAUAACAAAGCCGACGCAGAUGAUGGAGAUGAAAAUGAAAAAGAGACGGAAGACUCUGAUGUUAAAGGUGAAGCCAGUGAAGUACAUGUAAAAGACGAUAGUAAGCCUGUUUUCUGUAAGGAUGACUCCUUUGAUUCUUUUUCUUGUGAUGCACUUGAUCAAGAAUCUGCAGAAGUGACGCUCUGUGAACAAAGGAAAAAAGAUGCUGAGACAUUUGGAGUUGAGAUCCCAAUACUCAAACAGGGUCAUGGGCAGGGACCAAGGUGUGCUGGGGCAUCUCAAGUCUCGUAUCGUGGUAGAGGACAUGGCAAUGCACGGGGUGGUCGUGGUCGUGGUCAUAGGAGAUCAGUUGUGAGGCCGCGUUACUUAAAAUGAGCUGCCGUGUUGCUGCAUGGGGGUGGUGUUCAGAUAUAAAACCACCUUUCAAUAUCCGGUUGUGCGUCAUCUUCUGGUCGCAUUUAACUCAAUCUUA